GGUGACAGAGGGUGCCGCCGGGCUGAAGGUCGCUGCUGUUCCCAGCAAGGAUUUCCCCAGCCCAGGCCCCCGAAAGUCAUUGUAAAGCUCCCUAAAUCACUGUAAAGAAUGGAGAGAAAUUGCAGGUACUGUAUAGCUGAACCCUGAUGGUAAAAGAUCCAGAAUAAACUAAGUGUUCAACAAUAGGAUAAAACAGUAUAAAUGAAAGAGGCAACUUGUGUUCCCCAGAAUAUUAGAACAAUAACGUGGGCCAUUUAAAGAUCUGUAUCCAUGGAGACUGAGGAACUGGGAGAGGUGGAAGCACACCAGGACAAAUCAGCUAAUGGCCUCAGGGAGGAUAGCCCAUCACAGGCAAUAACAUGCCUGGACUUGAUCUGUGAUGAUGAGUCUGAAGGUUCUGACCACAUGACUGAGAAGGAUCUGGAGACACGCUACAUUCCUAUUCGAAGAAAUUCAAAAUACUACCGCUCCAUCAGACGUCAGAACAGAGGGAAAGUGAGGAGUUGUAAAGAAGUUAAAACGGAAGAUGUGGAAGGCUCACUAAAAAAUGGUAAUACCAGAAAUGAGCUUCUGAACAAAGAUGAACUAUUACGCAUAUUCCACAAGGGUCUGUCUCUUCAUGUAAAACCAGAUAUGACAGCAACAGAAGAACAAUGGUUUCGAAGGCUGCUCCCUUCCUACCCCGGUUUCCGUGGCAACCGUCCGCACUCCCCCAACCGCUCCGCGCCUGCGGCGGAAUCGCUUCGCAGCAGCAGCAGCAAGAGCCCAGGAGCAGCAGGAGCAGCGCCAGAGGAGCCGGGGCUUCUUCCCGACAUGGAGCUCCUGGCCGCCGCCAUCAGCGCCGCCUGCGCCCUGGACCACGAGGGGAAAGCGGGGGAGAGCAGCCGUCCCCACCGGGAGCAGCAGGAGGAGCAGGAGGCGGACAGUGGCUCUCCUUCCAUGUCUGGACCAAUUGCUCUUCCGGAAGAGAGUUCUGUGCAUCCUGACGGCCCACCUGUUUUCCCUGAGGCCCUACAAAUGAUUCAUCCCAUGACAGCUGACUCCUGGAAAAAUUUCAUUGAGCAAAUAGGUCUCUUAUAUCAAGAAUAUCGGGAUAAAUCCACACGUCAAGAGAUUGAAACUAGGCGGCUGCAGGAUUCGCAAACAGAUACUGAAGAGUGCUUAACUAGUGAAGAGGCACCAUCAGAAACUGAACCUACAAAUGCCAUUGAGAGUAAAGCUGUUCCUCAGAUCAACUUGCUCAGGAAUUCCACGUCAAGAUUUAAUUUAUGGCAGGAUCUUCCAGAAGUCAGAAGCAGUGGGGUUCUGAAUAUUCUCCAACCAGAUGAGAUCAGACUUCAAGAGGCAAUGUUUGAACUGGUCACUUCAGAAGCAUCAUACUACAAGAGCCUGAAUUUGCUUGUGUAUCAUUUCAUGGAAAAUGAACGAUUGAAAAAGAUUCUACAUCCUUCAGAGGCUCACAUUCUCUUCUCCAAUGUACUGGAUGUCAUGACAGUCAGUGAACGAUUCCUCUUGGAUCUUGAGAAGAGGGUAGAAGAGAACAUUGUGAUCUCAGAUGUCUGUGACAUUGUUUAUCAUCAUACUAUUAACCAUUUCUCAGUGUAUGUAACUUAUGUCUCCAACCAGACCUACCAGGAGAGAGCUUACAAGCAAGUUCUCCAGGACAAGCCAGCUUUCCGGGAGGUGAUCUCACAGUUGGAACUGGAUCCAAAAUGCAAAGGCCUGCCUUUCUCGUCAUUCUUGAUUUUGCCUUUUCAGAGAAUUACUAGGCUGAAGCUGCUAGUACAGAAUAUUUUGAAGAAAGUGGAAGAAAAGUCUGAACGUGAAAUCACUGCCCUUGAAGCUCACAAGGAACUGGAAACGGUGGUGAAAGCCUGUAAUGAAGGUGUUAGGAAGAUGAGCCGUACAGAACAAAUGAUCAGUAUCCAGAAGAAAUUAGAAUUUAAGAUUAAGUCUGUGCCCAUCAUCUCUCAUUCCCGUUGGCUACUAAAGCAGGGAGAACUCCAGCAGAUGAAUGGUCCCAAAACAUCACGUACCCUUCGUACAAAGAAACUCUUCAGAGAAAUCUACUUGUUCCUCUUCAAUGAUUUGUUAGUGCUCUGCAGACAAAUUACUGGUGACAAGUACCAGGUAUUUGAUUCUGCUGCCCGAGGACUUCUUCGGGUAGAGGAGUUGGAGGACCAAGGACAGAGCUUGGCCAAUGUCUUUAUCCUAAGGCUGCUGGAAAAUGCAGAUGAUCGGGAAGUCAGCUACAUGCUGAAGGCAUCAUCCCAAAGUGAAAUGAAACGCUGGAUGAUCUUACUGGCCCCAAACAGGCGAACCAAGUUUGUUUCCUUUACAUCCAGGCUGAUGGAUUGCCCUCAAGUACAGUGUGUCCAUCCAUAUGUGGCUCAGCAGCCAGAUGAGUUAUCACUAGAACUGGCUGAUGUACUGAACAUUCUGGAAAAGACAGAUGAUGGUUGGAUAUUUGGAGAACGUUUGCAUGAUCAAGAAAGAGGUUGGUUUCCCAGCUCUAUGGGUGAGGAGAUUAUGAACCCCAAGAUUCGAUCUCAGAACUUGAAAGAGUGUUUUCGGGUACACAAGUCAGAUGACAGUCAACGGCGGAAGAUGAGCAGCAGGAACAAACAGUGAUUAUCGCACAGUUAUCUGUUCUUUGUGAAAAGUAAUUUCUGGUAGAAGCUGAGACAAUGAGAUUCAAUACACAGAAGGUGCACAGAUGUCCAAGGCUACCCACCUAUAAACUUAGUGGGUUUUUCUGCAUAUUUGACAAAGCAUGGAUAAUAAUUCUGAAGACACACUUGAAGAGAUGAGGCUGCCCUGUGCCUGUACAGAGCUGGGAGCUGUAAAGUAUUUUUUCUAAUGUACUACAAACUCCAAAGAGUAAAUGUGUCAGCUCUGCAUGGUAAGGAAACAGUGAGCACUGAACAACUGAAAAAAAACUAUGUCAAAUCUCUGGAGGCUAAUGGCUUGAUUCUGUAACGUUCCAUCCAAUGGUACAAGAAGGUGCAAUGUUUGAUUUUCUGGUUGCAAGAUAGGGUCUAGGGGAUUAGGAACACAGGGGCAUCACACCUUUAAAAUGGUGUGCUAUAAACUGACUGCAUCCACACCUCUACACUCAGGAAGCUUCUCUUUAGGAAUGGAGCUUGAACUGACAACACUGAUAGGUGUUUCUAUUUUGAAUGCACUGAUAGAACCUGCCAAAAAAUUGAAUUGCAAUUCUGUCUAUUCUGGUUCAAAAUAUUUAACAGUAUUAAUUUAUCUGCACUCUUAAUCUGCCCUGAAGAAAGUUUUGAAUUCUCAAUUUGCAGAGGGUAAUACUGAAGCAGGAAAGAUUUUUUUUAAAUAAAAGGUAGAAUUAGAAGCUGCAGUUCUGUAUUUUAUAGCACCAAGCCUGCUAACCAUCCUGUGGUUCUCAAAUUACAAAUGGACAUACUGAGCCAGACAAUUUGUCUCUCAUUCCUGGCCCAAAGCUUUCUGUUUUGUAAAAAAAACCCCAUCACUUUGACCAUGAUUAUCCACUUGCAGUUGCAUUUUAUUACCAAAACACACAUUAUUGUCACCUAUGUGUGUGUACCUUCAAGUAACCUAUUUAUGGCAAUCUCAUGAAUUUCUUUGGGUUUUCUUAGGCAAUGAAUAUUCAGAAGUGGUUUUGUCAGCUUUUCCUCUGAAAAAUAGCCUACCACUAGCUCCCACAAAUAAAGAGUGCAGGGAUGCUGAAAGAAGAUAGCAGAGUGAAUACUACAUAGUUAGACUUUCCUAAAUGAGUUCUACAUUGAAUUAUAUGGAGUAAAGAAGGACAUGGUUGAGUUUCCCAUAAGUAGUUUUCAUUGGGUCUGGUUCCAGUACUUAGAAAUUGUUUGUCUGUUAAACUAAAAACAAAAGCAGUAUACAAUGUUUGGGAUGCUAAAUCAGCAUGCUUUACAUUCUUUGGGAUGCUACAUCUGAGAAUCUAGAGAACUCAUUUGUGAGCAGACCAGCCAAGUUCAGUAGAACAUACUGUUUUUCCUUGGUGUAUAUAUGAUCCCUAAGCAGAGUGCUUUAAACAAUAUUUCUUUCAAAUUCAGAGAGUUCUAAAUGGAAAGCAUCCUUGCCAAUAUUGGAGGAUGAUACACUUCCAAUAUUCACGCUAGGUACAUACACUCAGAAGUCUUAACAUAAAAGAUGGCACACUUUUUAAUUAAAUGUUGUCUGAACAUAUUGUACUGAUGCACAUCAGUUGAGCAGUCUGUGUAUAAUACUUUUUAGCUGGUGUAUAUAUAAAAGCUUUAAAAGCCAAAAGGAACAGGGACGUAUCUCCUCUUUUAAUGCAAAUGUUGUAAGCAUCAACAAGAUGUUUCUGGAAGGAAAGAAAUGAUCAACAGAGAGAAUUUGUCAAAGGACAAUCACAUGGUCAAACAUGAGACAGACCAACAGAUUAAAAGAUUGUAAAGCAUUUUGCAUAUUAAAAAUGUUAAAUAAAUAAUAAUUGGUGUUUAUUCAAUGGAAACACUCCAAAACCUU